UCCUUCACUAAAUAUUAAACCUUUCCCUCCAUACGUCGGAUACCGAGCCUUAUCUGUAUACAUAUUACAUCUAAAGCUCUUUUUCUAUUUGUUGUUAGCUUCAACAAACAGCAAUAAUGGCGAGCAAAGCCACCGUCCCCUUCCUGGUCACGAUGAUGCUCGUGACUGGGGUUUGCAAUACAAUCCUCAACAAGUAUCAGGACAUGCAAUGUGUUCGUAAUUGUGACUCUCCAGACCCCAAGUAUCGUCACACUUUUGAGCAACCGGUGAUCCAGACCAUCCAAAUGUUCAUUGGCGAGAUGGGCAGCUGGCUUGUCGUUUUAUUUUCAUACCUCUACCAGCGCUACAUCGCUCUUCGCUUGUCCAGCAACUCCUCCCCUCUUCUGGCGGGUGGCUAUCAUCCCGUCCACAACGACGAUGCGCUUGACGAAGAAGAGGAGGAUUACACGAUUCGGGGUCCCGAACAUCUUCGUGAUUCCACCAAGCCCGAUGAAUCACCUGAUGGGCGCAUUCGUCUCCAAGGAUGGAGGAUCUUCCUCCUUGCAGCACCAGCAUGCUGUGACAUUGCAGGUACUACUUUGAUGAACGUCGGGCUGCUGUUCGUCGCCGCCAGUAUCUACCAAAUGACCCGGGGUGCCCUCGUCCUUUUUGUUGGCCUCUUCAGUGUGAUCUUUCUCCACCGUAAACUCCACAUUUAUCACUGGGCGGCACUGUUUGUGGUCGUUCUUGGCGUUGCGCUGGUAGGCCUUGCAGGCGCACUAUUCAGCCAGGGCCAUGACUCUACCCCAGAGAAUGCAGCAGCAGCCAUCACACAUGCUCUCCGAGAAGUGCAGACCACUGCACGGACUCCAGAAGCCGUGCAAACACUGAUCGGUGUUCUUCUCAUUGCCGCCGCGCAGAUCUUCACCGCUUCGCAGUUCGUGCUCGAGGAAUGGAUCCUGGAACAUUACGCCAUGGAUCCUCUUCAAGUUGUCGGUUGGGAGGGUAUCUUUGGGUUCAGCGUGACUGUUAUCUGCUCGAUCAUCAUGUACCUGGCUGUCGGACGGACCGAGGCAGGUCGCUAUGGCUACUUCGACGCAAAGGAAGGCUGGCGCCAGAUUCUCCACAACCGUUCAAUCGCCAUCUCCAGCCUUCUGAUCAUGAUCAGCAUUGGCGGCUUCAAUUUCUUUGGGCUUUCCGUUACUCACACCGUUUCGGCUACAUCGCGUAGUACCAUUGACACGUGCCGCACCCUCUUCAUUUGGCUUGUCUCUCUAGCUCUCGGCUGGGAAACCUUCAAAUGGCUCCAGGUGGCUGGCUUUGCUCUGCUAGUCUACGGGACCUUCCUUUUCAACGACAUUAUCCAGCCCCCACUCAAAGCUUGUCUUCCUCGUGAUCGCCGCGAAAGAGUUAUUCUUCUUCCCGAGGAACCCAUCGAGCAUAUUUAGAAGUCCGGACUGUGCACAAAAACGCACAGUUGGACUUGGCCCGUUUUGUCCCACAACAUGACAUCUCUCAAUUUUGGCUUCCUUGGGCUGGC